AUGUUGGCAUUUUUGAUGCGUGAAAAUAUUCGAGAACUAUUUGCUCAGAAACCAUUCCCUGCUGUUGCAAGCAGUGUGAUCAACGUGGCAGUUGCGAUCGGCUCAGAAGCAAUCGCCAUCGGCUGCGAGGACGGAAACUUGAUUUUCCUCGUCCUUUCCAAUCAAAGUUUCCAAAGAACUGGCCGAAAGAUUUGCCACUUUUCGUCCAUCAAAUCCCUCGCUGUGACGUCUGCAAAUAAUAAUCCGGGGAACAACAAGUACCUCUUGGCCUUCGGUGGAGGUCGUGCAACAAUCUGCCUGUAUGAAGUGGUGCUCCAAGGCAAAGAGAAGCGCACAGAGCUGUACUCUGUCAAGAUUUCCAGCGAUGUCACUGUGGGAACCAAAGGAACCCCGGGCCCAAGGAAACCCUGGACUUGUUCAAUAAACGAGUGCCUCGACACUUCGGAAUGUCGAGUGAAUUCCUUGAAGUUUCUGUCUCCGGAAAUCCUGGUUGCUGCUUGUUCCGACGGCUUUCUCAGAGUGUUCGAUGUCCUGGGCCCCGACGGCCUUGACUUGAAGUGGCAAGUGGAGCCCAGUCCAGCAGCAGUUCUCAAGUGCCAAGUCCUGCCAACAUUGGAUGGGUGCGGAAUUUUCCUGGCUGGAAGCAGCGACGGGUUGCUCAGGGUCUUCACUGACAACAAGGAACAGCAGAAAGUCCUUGAAUGGAUCGGCCACUCGGCUGGAAUCACUGCGAUCGACGUUGUUCAGCGAGCGGAAAAUUGUUGGAUCGUAGCGACUGGCGGGGAUGAUAAUGCCUUGAGCCUUGCUGUUAUUUCUGCCAAUUCAGACGUGCUGUCGUCUACUAAUACAUUCAAGUCGUGGUCUGUGAAAACGACAACCAACAGCCAAGCGACAGCUUGUCAAAUUUCAGGUGUGAGAAUUUUAUCUUCCUCUGGAAAGAUUCUCAGCGUUGGUCUCGAUCAGAGAUUCGUUUUAUGGGAUUUUGAGAUCCCUGAUGGUGACAAUGCCGUAGACCAGGUGAUACUGAGACCCGUGGCAUUUCGAAUGACGAAUAUUGCCGACAUCCACGACCUUGUUGUUCUGCAAUCUGAUGACGGAUCUCUCGGUGCUGUUGCCGUUGGACAGGGUAUUGAGUGGAUUCGCCAUGAGAUACCACCUUCGACGGGUGCUGUGCAAUUUACUCAACGGGUUUGACAAUAAAAAUGAGCGAUUUUGCAUUGUGCA